UUAGUAUUCAAUUUGAUUACAUUUUGAUUACACUUUGGUUAAAAUUGACCCCGCGAAUUUGGCGUGACGUGGGGCUGCGGACCUGAAAACCUUCCGCACUCAAAAGCCGCUUAAAUCUUCCCUUCUCCUCAUCAACUCGCCCGCCGCAAUGUCGGACCCCAAAGACACCAAGGGCAAAGCGCCCCAGACGGAGGACACAGAAAGCUCCUCUGAUCAAAAGUCCCAGGAUGUGGGUGCAAUCACUCCCAAGAUGGCGGAGAAGCUACUGGAGAACAAUCCAGCGCUGAAGAACGAGUUGGCUGGGAUGGACAAGAAAGAAGCUGCGGAAGCGUUGCGCAAGAUGACCCUCGCCGACCUACUGACUGGUUUAUCGGUCGGUGGGAAAAAUCAGAAGGAUAUGGCUUCGUACAAGUUUUGGCAAACGCAGCCUGUACCCCGUUUCGAUGAGGCAAGCGGUGCUACCGGAGGUCCCAUCAAGAUCAUCGACCCCGAAAAGGUGUCAAAGGAGCCUGAUCAGCUUAUUGAAGGUUUUGAGUGGACAACUCUCGAUUUGACCAACGAGACUGAGCUGCAGGAGUUGUGGGACUUGUUGACAUACCAUUACGUGGAGGACGACAACGCCAUGUUCCGGUUUAGAUACUCCCAGUCAUUUUUGCAUUGGGCUCUGAUGUCUCCUGGCUGGAGAAAGGAAUGGCACGUGGGUGUUCGCGCUACCAAGUCGAAGAAGCUGGUCGCAUCUAUUUGUGGUGUACCUACAGAGAUCCGUGUUCGUGAUCAGAAGCUCAAGGUGACGGAGAUCAACUUCCUCUGUAUCCAUAAGAAACUGCGGUCUAAGCGUUUGACACCUGUCCUCAUUAAAGAAGUCACACGUCGCUGCUAUCUGAAUGGAAUCUACCAAGCGAUCUAUACUGCUGGUGUGGUUCUGCCUACUCCAGUCAGCUCCUGUCGCUACUACCAUCGUCCAUUGGACUGGUUGAAGCUUUACGAAGUCGGCUUUUCGCACCUUCCUCAUGGCUCUACCAAAGCUCGCCAGAUCACCAAAAAUCAUCUUCCCAGCACUACGUCUAUUCCCGGACUUCGUCCCAUGGAAUCCAAGGAUAUAGACGCUGUACAUGAUUUGCUCGAACGGUAUCUGAAGCGCUUCGAUAUGAACCAGGCCUUCACGCGAGAGGAGAUUGAGCAUUGGUUGGUGCACAAGGACAAUACGGGGAAGGAGCAAGUUGUCUGGUCUUACGUAGUCGAAAACCCCGAGACACACAAAAUCACCGACUUUUUCUCGUUUUACAACCUCCCUUCGACAGUUAUCCAACACCCGAAACAUAACGAAGUGCGUGCUGCUUACCUUUAUUAUUAUGCAACCGAGACCGCGUUCACGGAAGAUCUGAAGGCCUUGAAGGAGCGUCUUCUAGUUUUGAUGAACGAUGCCCUGAUUCAGGCAAAGAAGGCUCACUUCGAUGUAUUCAAUGCCCUUACCCUGCACGACAACCCUCUCUUCUUGGAGCAGCUGAAGUUCGGCGCGGGUGAUGGCCAGCUUCACUAUUACCUUUACAACUAUAGAACAGCCCCUAUUCCUGGAGGUGUUAAUGAGAAGAACCUGCCGGACGAGAAGAAGAUGGGAGGUGUUGGGGUUGUUAUGUUGUAAUAUCUCAAUGAAUCGUUUUCGUGUUCUCCGCCUCAAAUGUAUUGACCCUCAACAAGAGGUCAACGAAGAAGUUAUGAAUCAAAACACAAUCUACGUUUGACAAUUCUCACUCUCGUAUGAUCAUAGCA